CUUUUUGAGCCUCCAAAAGGCUCACUCGCCCCUUUCAUCUGCCGCCGCGGCCCAAUGGGAAGGCGGAGGCUGCCUGCAAGUGGUCUAAUCUCAAUGAGGUGUCAAUCAUGUUCCCCGGUGGGUGAAGUAAGGUCUUUUGUAACCGCCUCUGUCUUUGGGAAAGAGAGCAGAGAGGAGGAAGGCUGGAGCGGAGAGGGGGACGCCGGACCGUGCUGCAGGAGAGGAGCUGAGAUUUGAGCUCGCUUGUGUGUUAGCAGAGAGAAGCGGAGCACAUGGAUUUCUAAACACGCUGGGAUUUUAUAUAUCUACAAAAAAUAACAACAAGCGAACCUGACCCUACUGAAAACAGUCAAAUGAAUCGUAAUUGCAGAUCAAUGCAGAGAGAUGGGGAAACUUCACUCGAAACAUGCUGCCGUUUGUAAACCCAGAGAAAGUCCAGAAGGUGAUAGUUUUGCGGUGAACGCCUCUCUGGCUCGCAGAGGGCUGGAGGACUGGAUGGUGAAGCAGAAAUACUCCGGGGGCAGCAGCAGCGGCGGCAGCAGCUCGGGACUCCAGCACGGCUGCCAGCACCGCGCCGUGUGCAGGCUCUCCAGCGCCAGGGAUUUAUCUGGGGAAGGCUACAGAGACACUAUUGGUGAUGAACACUUUCAUCUAGAAGUGGCUUUGCCUCCAGAGAAGACAGAUGGAGUUUGCAGUGGAGAUGAAAAGAAAGCAGAAAAAGAAAGUGACACACGCACAAGUUCCAAGAAGCAACUGAAAUUUGAAGAAUUGCAAUGUGAUGUGUCUGUAGAGGAAGAUAACAGGCAAGAAUGGACCUUCACACUGUAUGACUUUGAUAACAACGGAAGAGUCACACGUGAGGACAUUACCAGCUUGCUUCAUACCAUCUAUGAGGUAGUUGAUGCAUCAGUAAACCAUUCUCCUAGUUCCAGCAAAACUCUGCGAGUGAAACUCACUGUGGCACCAGAUGGCAGCCAGAAAAAAAAGAGUAUCUUGUUGAAUCACACUGAUCUGCAGAGUGCCAGGCACAGGGCUGAAAACAAAGCUAAUGAAGAAGCAAGAAGCUCUGAGAAGAAGCAGAGAGCUUCCCUCAGAUACCACCAGAGUGAGAACAAUCCAGAGCAAAGUGGGUGCUAUCGUCAUUGUGUAGAUGAGAACAUUGAAAGGAGAAACCACUAUUUGGAUCUUGCAGGAAUAGAAAACUACACAUCAAAGUUUGGGCCAGGAUCUCCUCCAGCAGCUCAAAAACAUGACCCACCAGGCAGAAUUGUGAAUCAAACUAGAUCCCGUUCUCAUGAGCCUGAGACCUUCCAUGCUCACCAUAGGAAAUCUCAAGUGGUGGAUCCAAACCACAUCAAUCUGGCUGAAAGUUCAUAUGCCAAAAUUGCAGAAAUCCAGCAGAGGCUCCGGAACCAGGACUCAAACAAGCACUUUGUGAGGUCUCCCAAAGCCCAGAGCAAAAAUGUGGCCCCUGUGCAUCCUGGAAGGGCAGUUAGAAACAAACCUUUUCAAGGGGUGCCCUUGCCCAUGGCUUCCCCAAGUGCACGCGUGGGCCAGAACCUCCCGUACCUUCCCCUGCAGUCCCAACAGAUCCACAAGAAGCAUAAGCAGAGGGCAAAGGAGAAUCACCAAAUGUGCAAAACCUUCCAGUCUCCAGGGACAGUUGUGGAAAAGGAACAUGUGAGAGACCUACCCACAGUCAUUCUGUAUGAAGGGCAAGUGGGACAAAUGAUACAAAGACAUGAGCACCACCACCAUCACGAGCACCACCACCACUACCACCACUUCUACCAGACAUAGAAGAGAUCCCACCAACAUCCUCCAAGAAUCAUCCCAAAUGAAGGAAAUGUGUUCUUGUGAUACCAGAACUAUGGCAUUACUAUGAUCAAUAUUAUCAUUACUCCAUUAAUAUUCAGCUAGCAUAUAUUUUAGAGGUUAUAUGGGACUCUUGAAACUCACCCUAUUUAUAUGUUGUGGAACAGCAUAGCUUACUCAAACACCUUUGUGGAUUGUUUUUUUUUUUUUUUUUUUUUUUUUUUUAAGUGGCUUGUAAAACAGCAAACAGCCAUAGCUUUUUGAGCUGUGAUUUAAUACAGGUCGUCAACGCACUUCUGUACAAGUACUACUUCCACUGUACUCGGAAAGAUACUUCAAACACUCUUGCAGACAUCUAGCUUUCCACUCUGCUGUAUGUCGGCUGAUCGCACACAAGCCUUUCAUCAGGGGAGCAAUGUUCCAAGGGUUGGACUCCAGAGAUACUCAGAUAAUGGAAAAUACAAACAGCUGCUACCUCUAGUAUUAUUCAGAUUUUAUUUUCUUUUUAUUGAUUGUAAUGUGCUACAGGGGGGAAUUCUAAUAUACUGUGUUCAUGUAGCCUGUUUGUGUUCACAUCCUUUCAAAUCAUCUUAAUUACAAGGAAAUAUUAGCUAAACUUGUCAACAGGGCUACAUUUGUAUGGCUUACACUUUAUUUUCUUGGAGAUUCUUCAUUGAUACAAGUACAGUCUGUUAUAUACUGGGUAAUAUUUAAAUAUACUUCUUUUAUUUUUGGUUUUUCUCUUGCUUAUUCUCCACUCUGGGGUACCAUUUGAAAAGAGGAGGAUAUGAAAUGGGGUUUUCCAAAGCAUCACUAGACUUUAAUGCUUGGGCCAUAAGUAUCAUUCAUGGGGGUUUGAGAAGGAGAGGGGUUGACUGGGGGGGUUUGUUUUGUUUAAAUCCACAGUUCUUUGUUUUGAGAAAGAAUUGAGGAAAAUAUACUUUCUCACUUUAAAUGUUGGCAAAUAUAUAUAAAAUAUAAAUAUAAAUAUAUAUAUAUAAAUAUGCACACUCUCAGGUACAUUUUGUUGUGUUUUAGAAAUCUGUGGUUUGAAUAUUAACAUUAUAUUUGUUUUUUUCCACAACAGUGACUUUUUAGAAACAUAUGCCAUGGCAUUUUCUUGGUGCCUCCAAUUUGAAUUUCCCAAGCACCUAUAAAUUUGUCCUUCUCCCAUUAAAGAGACAUGUAUAAAAAAAUAUCAUUCACAAUCUUUCUGGAUUCUUCUACUUUUUCCAUAUCAAAGGGCUUCCAUUUCCAUGAAGGAGAAUAAGACCACACUCAAUUCAGACCUUAAUGGCUGCUGAGAAAUUUGAAGGUCAAAAGACAAUUGGAAAAGUAAAAAAAAAAAAAAAAAAAAAAGGAAAGGGUCAGUACAUUGAUGUUUUGCUUUCUGUGGAGCCCAGAUUUAAAAUAGAUUCAGUUGGGUUUUGUACAGAUCAUCAUUUGUGCAGGUAGAAAGUGACUGGAAAACACCUUCAUUUCUUUUGGAUCAUUAAAGUAGAGAACUCCUACAUAAAGACAUAAUUGUUCUAUAAAUGUAUUUGCUUUUGGUUUUAAUUAUUUUUAAUGUUGUGGUAUUUUGUCAAUAGUAUAUAUUGUAAAAUGUAACUAUCCAACAUUGUUAUAAGCCCUUUAUGAUUAGGGUAUUUUUUGUUUUCUGACUAGAGUUUUGAUCAGUCCAAAGUGGGAUAUUACCUUACUGCUGACCAGUUUUAGAGGGAUGUUGUCCUUUCUAAGAACACAGAGACAUCACCUUGUAAAGAACAGUGGGAAGCCUUGCCUUCUUGUGGAAUUGGAAUAGAAUCACUGCUUCAUGGUAAUUAGGUCCGUCUCUUGUCUCCCUGGAUCAGCAGAUGUUUAGACUUAUUGUCCCCUUUAAAAAAUCUGGUUUAUUUUAUUCUACUUUUUUUAGCUGUCAACAGUGUGUUCUGUAAAAUCUAACAAAAUGUUUUUAAAAUGUGUUUGAUCUGUGUGACAACUAUACUGUUCUGUUUAUUUUAAAAUUCCUAAAGUCCAAAAAUAUUUAUAUGCAGAAUUUUCUGUGUUGAAAAUAUGAAAAGGCCACGAAUUUGGUUAGUUACCACUGAGUUGUUCUAGUCUAAGCCUUUUUUGCUGCUUGUGUAUCAUUCUUUUUCAAUGUAUAUAUAAUUAUGGACUGCAAAAAAAAAAAAAGGCAUUUAUAUGUCUAGUAGAAGGAAUAAGCUUAUUUAUAUUAUAGUGUUAAAAGAAGUCUGAUGUAUUCAAGUGACUUUCAUUAUACCGCAUGCAAACACACAGUGUACAUUCCAUCUAAGAAGGGAUGCCAUGCUAUUUGUUUUGAAGAAGUAAUUAAAGCUGUUCUCUUUUCACUAGAGCAUGCCAGAAAGACUGACAGGUGGAAAUUGUUCUUAGUCAAUUUUUCUUAAAUGCAGAUUGUUGCUGACAACCAGAAAACAUUCUGGAAAACUCGAGUGCUUUCAGAAUUGUGGGGCUUUCUAAGAAGGGGCAGCAAAGGGAUAAAACUGCUCCUUCACCCAAAGAUAUUUUGCUGGAAAAGAAAACAGCAGCACUACCAAAAUCCCAUCUGACUGAGAAGUGUGCAGUGCUGGCUGUGCCAAGUGAGCUCUGACAUGGAACACGACUGGCCAUUUGUUACAGCCUGGCAUUGAUUGGGUUUGGUUUAUUUUAUUUGGACAUUCAAAAGACAAAUUCUGCCUUGCUCAGAGUCUGUGAAGCACAAAUGCAUUUUAAUAACAUGGCAUCCCCUUAUGAAAACUUUACACCAGCCAUGUAUGAAUAUACAGUAUCUAAAUACUGUGUUGCAGUUGUGUUAUGUGCAUUAUAAGUGUGAAUAACAUGUAGCACAGUUUCUUUUCACAGAACCUUAAAUUUCCCUAUCUUUUAAAUAUGUUUGCUUUUCAGUAUUUUGUAUAGUAAAUAUAGAUGGUUUUGACUAAAUGCUUUAUUUAUUUAACAGCAAAAACUGUGCCAAGAGAACCCCCUGUUAAUUAAAGUUUUACUAGUUCAGAAAGUAUAUUUCUUUCUUCUUGUUGUGGAUUUCAGGGGCCUAUUGCAAUUGCUGUCAGUGCUUGCAGAUCCCACUGAUGAAAGAGCUUGCAUUAACAUUUUUGGGAACAGGAUCAGGAAAUUACGUAUGGACUGGGUAUGCUUUGGUCUAACAUUUAAAAUAUCAAGUUUCAAAGUUAAAUGUCUUGUCCCCUGCUGUUGGACCUGUGUUGAGUAACUGGUAUUUCAUCUUGCUAUUAAUUCUGAAAGGUUUUCCUAAAAAAAAAAUAAUAUUGUUUUAAGCUUUUCAAAACCGUAGCUGAAUCAAAAUUUGAAAUAGUUUAGUUUCUGGUUAAACAAAACAUUUAUUUCCAGAAAAAAAAUAUCAGAGUUGAGUAUAUUGUUAAUAUUGAAAAUAAAAUGGAGUGACGUUAAGUAAGUUCAGAUGAAAACUCCAGACUUUUCACUUCCUUCUUCUGUUUUUACAGAAGGCAGUUCAGCAAAAUGAAGUCAAUUCUGAAGUUUGCACUAUUUGCUGAAAAAAUUCAAUUGAAAAAUUUUGCUCAUCUCUACCAGCUGCAGUUCUGGGCAGUAUGGUGUUUUGAAAAGGAUUGCUAAGCUCUUCUCACAACUUCAUGACCACAAUGCAAAUUAACCUAAGCUAAGGCUGUGAAGUAAAAUCUCUAUCCCAGUGAAAUCUCUGGCAAGACUGCCAGGUUCCUGCUGGCUGCAGGGUGCCUAUAAAUUCAUUCCAGGAAGGUGGGUUUGAAGUCUACAUAAUGUGCAGCCAGGAACUUCAGUAUUUAUUUUUUCUGCAUCUUACUGCUGAUGGGUUUUCUAAUAGUAAAUGGAAGUUUUGCUGUAAGAGAUCAAACUGGUAAAUUAAUUAAGAUUAGCAGCAAAUACUCUUUACACUGUUGUCAUUGGAGGACCUGAGGGCUUCCAAAUGUCUUUGAAACAGCCACAUGCCACUUAGUCAUUGUCGGAAAUGGAGACCCACCUCUGCCCUUGGAUGAUGAGAUUCUCCUGGCAUAGUGGCAGACCAGCCCCAGAUAUAUGACCAAAUGUAUGACCUCUGCUACAGUCUUUCUACUGCAGUCAUCGUGAGCAUAAAACACCAGUGUUUAGCUGGAGAAGUACUUUAAAGUGUGUGUGUGUUGUGUACAUGUGUAUAUAUAUAUAUAUUAUGUGUGUGUGAGGGUGUCCUCUGGCAGAAGUGAGUGGGUGGAACAGAAUGGGUUCUGACAGAGGAGGUUUUUCCUAAAGGGACGAGCACUGUGUGUGCUCUGUGGUCCAUGAGCACACGGCUCUGAUGAGUGCAUACUGUUCUCCCCGUGUCAUCGUGUACCUCAAUUACUGAAUGACAGAUUUCAUUUCUGUUCCAAUUAACAGGAAAGUUGGGCCCCUUUGGGCCUAGAUUAUACUUGAGAAAAAUUCAUCAUGCUAGAAAAUGUGCAAAAACAUUCACCAUAAUUUUUGCCUGGAGUACAGGCAAGAAUGUUCAUGUUUGGAAACAUGUCAGCUAAUCAAGUCGCACCUUUAAUUACCUUGAUGCAAUUCAUCAAGAUCUGAAAAUACAUUUUCAAACAUGACUUAUUCAUGGCUUUGCUGGGAACUAAGUCUUAUUCAGCAUCCUAUUAAUUGUCAGACUUCUUUGGUUUUGUUUUUUUGGUUUUUUUUUUUUAAUAUACCAGCAGAAACAUGUUUGAAAAUCCAUGAACUAAAAAUUGAACCUAAUGUGUUUUCUAAAUAGCUUUUGGAAGAAGAUUUCUUUCCUAACGCACUUAACAGCAAAACCAGCCUCUAUUUAUGACAUAAUAAUGCAUUUUGUUUGCAUUUUUGAACAGAUGUUGAUUUGAUUUGAUUUGAUUUGAUUUGAUUUGAUUUGGAAGGGUCUUUUUUUUUUGAUUUUUUUUUUGUUAUUCUGUGCACAUUUAAAAUGUGCUUAAAAUGGUCUAAAAGGAACGGAUAGAGAAAAACUAUAUUGAAUUUAUUCAAUAUACAUUGAAAUGCAUCUUAUUUGAAGCUUGGAUUAUAGUUAUUAAAUGAUGAGAUUUUCAAUGAUGCUUUAAUUUACUUUCAUAUUUCUAGAUAAUUCAAUCUUAAAUUAACUAAAAUUAUAGGACUCACAUGGAUGAAGUCUUCUAAUUUCUUUGUUUUAAACUAGCAGGAUUUCAGGACUACUCAGGCAGAUUACUGAGAGAGUUAGAGCUGUGAAGAAAGACUGGCAAGGGAAAGAUGGAAAGAUUUGAGAAGUGUAGGGAUGGCACAGAACUGUCCAACAGAGGGGCUGGGGGAGACACACCAGAGGCAGGAAAAUGCUGUAUGGAGAACUUUUUAUUCAUAUUACUUUUAUGAAUCUCUUCUGGUACAGUUUUUGCUCAUAAAACAGCAACAGUAGUUUGUAGAAUGCUUUUGACUGGGAAAACUUGAACAACUUUCUCUAAGAGGUGAAUCUCCAGUGUGCAGGGGAGGCACGAGGCAGGGAAGUUGCAGAUAAUCACUGGAGCUAUGGCAGAAUAAGGAAGGAUCCCUGUUUUCCUGAGUCCCUGUCCAAGGUAAGGGAAAAGUUUGUGGAAGCAGAUGUUUCUACAGAUGUUUUGAAUAUUCCUUAGAACACAUUUUGAAUAGUGCCAUCAGUUCUUUUUCUCUUUGAUUACAAACACACAAAAGUUAGUCAAAUUUUUUACCCAGAGUUUCAGUAUCUGUCCUGAUUUUUCUAAACACUAAGCACUAUCUCUGUGAAAUCUACUCACACAAAGGAUAAUCUUUAUGCCACAAGGAAUGGCAGACUGGGCCUGUUGGUUGUCUUUAACAGGCUGGCGUUCUGGGGUCUGAGAGUCUAAAGUUCCAGAAGGUUUUUUAAGAAAGUUGAAGACAUCAUGUUAAUGUUCAUAAAUCUGGGGAUAGGCAAACAUUAACAAUAACAGGCAUACUGGUAGUGAUGGGUGUUGUGCUUUCUGGUUUUUGGGACAUGUCUGUGAGGUGGGAUGUGUGUGUUCCUUUGAGUGCCUAGUCCAUAAAGCUGCCUCUAUUUACUGCCAGCUAAGGGAUGUAUGUACUGCUUUGGUGUUGUACUUUGUGGAUGAAGAUACGGGGUUCAGAUCCUUCGGGUGCUGAGUGCUUAUUCUUGCAUUUAAUCCUUCCCAUUCUGUUCUAUUCACAAAGUAUAGCAUGCUUAGGCUUUGUGAAUUUUCUAAUAAAACACCUAACAAACUGGGCCAAAUUUGUUUUCAGCUUCAUAAAUGGAAGCAGAAGAGCCCCAUGCAUGUGAUGGAAUUUGGACCUUACAAAUGCAGUUUGCUAUGAUUCAUCAUUUUUUCUUGUACUAAUUUCAGAUAUUUGAUAAGCUCUUUUUAUGGUUUACAAGUUUUAAAAGACAAAUAAAACUUUGUAGAUUAAA